CGUAAACACGAAAGGUCGAAAGCGCUCGGAAUACUGGUGAUGUUCAACAUGGCCAGCUGACGUUCAUCCUCUGUGCGGUGUCACAACUGGGCAUAGUGCUCAUUGCUACACACCAUAUGAGACCCUACUCCUCCUCGUGAUGUCCGCUCGUUCUGUCAUCCCAGCUCACUUAUCCUAUUUCGCAAUAUACAAUCCAUCUCUUGGGCCGACUGAUGAGACCUUACGCGACCAGAUCGUGUUCUACUACUCGCACGAUGCCGAAGUAGAUCGGGAGCAACAGGCGAAAGGGAAACCUGCAGCAGAUGGAAGCCGCCAUGCAACCUCCGUGCAGGACAAUCAGCCAAAUGGAAACCAGAAGAAGGAAGAGGAGGCAGAAGAAAAUCACAGGUUGCGGCAGGUCGGGCUAGCACAAGGUAUGGUGAACUUUGCAAAGAAUUUCUCGAAUGGCGUCCCUCUCGAGUCCAUGGAAGCGGAAAAAUCUCGAACCGUCCUGAAAGAGGUCGAGCCUCAAUGGUGGAUCAUCGCCGCCAUUCACCUAACACAAUUGCCUUCUGUCUCAAGAACACCGUCGGGGAAUAAACAAACUUCAAAAUCAGGAACGAACAUAGGCUUGGGUGGCACUGCGUCCAAGGGAGACUUCGAAUACUCCUCACGGGAAGUUGCACCGGCGCCUCUGCUACUCGCACAGCUUAUACAAGGAUACCGUGGAUUCUUGCUUCACCACGCGUCUUCGUUGUCUGAGCUGUGGAAAAAACACGAAAAUAACCGAGACCUGUUUUGCAGUCUUUUACACAGGUACUGGACGCGAUUCGUCUACAAUUGGGAUGUUCUCUUGCACGGUCAUCCUGCGACAGACAUCUAUGAUGCUGUCAAGCUUGCCGGCGGAGGUGAGCUCGGUGUUGGUGUUGGCGAAGAAGAAUGGGGAAGUGGUGAGAGAGAAGUCCUCGAGGGAUUUGCGGGCCGGACUGAGGGACUCGUCGAUCUUAUCGUGGGGAGAUAUGGUGAUGCUCCUCCGAACCGCAUUACAGGGGAGAAACCGAAAGAUGUUAACGCAGUGCAUCCCUCCCCAGAAUCGCAGCCUUGGUUGGGUAAUGGCGAGGACUCGAAGGCCGAUGAUGGAGUCGUAUUUUCCGGCAUCGGUGGCAUUUCGAGGCCUUCUCUCGUCACGUUGUCCCAGUGGAUGGAAUCCAUCUACAUGCACGGCGAUGCAGCCUACGGGGUGGUUGAGAAUCCGGCAUCUCGACUGAAGCAUCGCCGAAAAAAACGGAAGUUGGAUAAACACAGACCUCAGGGGCAACACUCGGACCACACUACGAACAAGCAAGUGCAAGCGGUUCAUCCCAGAGUGAAGUCCCCAGGAGGCAAACCGCGGGACCUACGCCGUAGGGCGAUCGAAAACAAUGCAACACCGCCAGGCAUCCCGCCACCUCUUGUUAGCGCCGUAGAGCGAUCUUUGGAUAAUGCAAUGGCAAAAUUAGACGCAAAGUCACCCAAUGCAAACCACGACCACAGGAGUGAAGGGGAUGCGGAGCCGAGCCUUGGGCCCUCCGAACAGGUCUCCAUGUUCAACACGGAGAAGAUGAUGAAGUAUCUCAGCCUUGGCUAUGGCACCAGCUGGACGCUGAGUCCCAAGGGUUUCAAUAUCGAUAAGACGUUCAACGCCCCCGACGACAAAGAUCCUGGUCAAGGUACAGGCACAGGUCAGAGCACAGAUCCUGCGGCUGAAGAAUUGCAGGAACUUGAUCCAACUCCAGAGGUCAGCGACGAGGAAGAAACACCGUUCGUCCAGAGGCUCGAGGAGUCCAUUGGCAAAUUCCUGAUUGGCCUCUCUGGUGACCUGGAAAAUACAGAAUUCGAGGACGAAUCCAACGAUGAGAGAGUCGAUGGUGAUCCCACCAAGUCAAGACCACCAUUACACGUUUCCUCAAACCGGAUAUUCCUCCGCACCUUGGUUGUUGAGAUGUCCACCUCUAGAUUCUCCCGUCUGGAGGCCGAGGAACGUCCUUCUUCAUUGUGGCAGUCGGACAGGAACGAAAUGGAUGCCGACUCAAGAGACGGUAAGACGAGUGCGUCGGCAUCCGUCGACGGCGUCCGUCCAAUUGUCACCCACGAAAAGGUUCAGGUUGCGGUCUAUGUUCACCAGCCAUUCAUCUUUGUCUUCUUGUUCCGAUUGCACACGCCCAAUCUGACGGUGCCUGGCUUUUACCGUGCUAUACAUCAUACUCUAGGCCCGUUGCAAAAGAGCCUCUUGAGAAGCACGGAUCCAGAACGCUGGAGGGAGCGAAUGAGAGCGUCUUUGGGCCCGGACUCCAGUUCAGUUCUCGAGGAUGGCGACAACCCGAGAUCCCUGCCUGACACAAACGAUGUCACCGAAAUAUAUGAUCUUCUUUAUGAUCCCCUGAAAUCGACGCUUCGGACUUCAAUUCCAAAUAUACCGCUCCCAGGGAGUCUCGCCGCGGAGGGCCUGCAUCGAGCCCAGCAGAAUGUCCGCCCCAUCACAGUUUCGGGCUCAUGGUACACUCUUGGGAUACCCAUAGGGUCAUCGUCGACAGAGAGUGGCACAAGCUCUUCAGGUUCGACGAAGAUCAUUAAAAGUGAGUGGACCCGCAUCGAAGCUCUAAAUGUCCACACUCAUAUCCUCAAUACUUGGGUGUCGACUCGCGACAAGAACGCUGGUAUUACCAACGCUGGGCCAAAUGGCGAGGAAUUGGAAAGAACCAUCAAAACAGCACGAGGUUGGUGGAUAGUGUGGAUGAAAGUCUUGCCUUCGGAGCAACAGGAAGUCGGUGGCGAUGACAUUGCAAUACGGUCGGCAAAUCAAGACAAAAGUACCACCCAUUCCGGGGUUUGCGGGGAUGGGCUAGAAAGAAGAGGGGACCUCGUCAAAGAAGCCAUUCUCGUCAGAAGAUCUGCUCAUGAACGCACUUCGACAAGCAGAGACACGUCCCGAUCCAGAUCAGAUGCCGGGAGUUCUCACCUUUCCGGGAAAUGGCUCCUCCGUGAUCAACCCCGGAGUCGAGAAGUCAGCGGCAGUGGACGCGGAAUGUCUGGCGUUGUCGGGAUGCCUGGAAGCACAACUGCAAAGGGCGUCACCGAGGGCGUGGGAGUUGACGCUAAAAAGUGGGUUGAGGCGCUGAUUCGAUUGAGUUUUUGAGGCGUUAUCAAUAGUACAGGUUAUAUAUAUGCAAGCCGGCAUGCACGAACGGUCGACAUGAUUCAGGUAAGGAUAGUCCGGUGCUUCGUCCUCCCAAGCGAGGUGAUUGUGCACGAAGUCGCCACGAAAUGGAUCGCAUAGUGACUUACCAGAGAAAGCCCCCGAAUGGACUCGCCCCGGGUCUGGUAGAGACGGAUUCAACAACGACAAAGCUUUGACUGAUCUCCCGGCAUACGAGUUAUCACUGGAAGCCUGAAGGUCUUUGCCUGGCUGAGAGAAACAGGCGUCUAGAUUCGAAGGUGUCACAUCCUCCCAGAGGUGUUGGACGUGGAUGGUGAUGGCCCUCCUCCUGCAACCGUCCAGAAACAGUCGGCUAGUUCCAUGGACGCCUUGACAGCAUACGACACUCCCACGCUACCAGGACAGGCCUAGACGCCACGAGCAACCAGGUUGGGAAAUGGAAGCCGGGGAGGCGACACUGCUCACUGGAUGCUUUCACCCCUGGCCCCCUGCGCUCGGGCGACUGAGCUGCAUGACGCCAAACAGUUUAUCCAUUAUCAUCACUACCUUUUCGAUCCGGUGGAGUUAUGUUUCCGCUUUGCCAGUUGCGAGCCGCCCAUGACUGCGAGCUACAGCCCCCCUCCCCCCCCCC